AUGCUCCAGUUCCUGCUUGGAUUUACUUUGGACAAUGUGGUUGGAAUGCAUAUGGCUCAGAACUAUGACGUGCCGAACCUGGCUAAAAAACUCGAAGAGAUUAAAAAGGACCUGGAAGCCAAAAAGCAGCCCCCGAGUUCCUGA